AGUCACUCUGGAAGAGGAGGCCACCAAUGUCACUGCGUCGAUCACUGUAGACUCUUUGCACAUUUACUGGGACUUUUAGACUUUGGAUUUUUAUUUCUCAUACUAAACAAGUGAAUCAUCUUUACUUUGAGUCACCUAGUUUUCAGUCUCACAAGCUUUUAUUUCUUUUAAUUUGUUGGUGGAAAUGUUGGGCAAUCUGAGGAUGCUCUGCCUGUGUCUCUGCUUCUCAUGGGCUGAAACUCGUAUAUGGGCCUGGAUGCUCAACAUGCCUCACGGCCCUCCCAAGGAGGGAUCAAAAGCCCUUAGAGACAGCGCUGCUUUACCCAAAGCAACUACGGCUGUGUGCGACCAUGACAGGGCCUGUGGGCGCGGUUUCUCCUGCGAUCGUCACUUUGGCCUUUGUGUUCCCCUACGAGGGGAGGGCCACUACUGUCGGAGGGAUGCCCAGUGUGUCCGUGGACUCAGCUGCAUGUUUGGAAAGUGCCACCGCAGUAUUCCCAAUGGACAAGAGGGUGCCAGAUGUAAAGUUGAUAGGGAUUGUGGGGAUUCUAUGUGCUGUGCUCGACACCACGGUGAGCAGGUGUGUAAGAGACGUCUGAUCCGUAGCGCGAGCUGUUUUGUUCCCGAUGGCGGCUUGGCAUUCAGCAUAAACCAGAUUUGUCCAUGUGAUGAGGGGCUACUGUGUCGAAAAAACGGAGCUUCACAACAAAGAGAGAUAGAUUUUAUUUACCACCCAGAACGAUCAAGUUGGACCUGCCAAGUUCCCAAAUCCUAAAGCCAGAAUUAUCCUUAAAGCUAUUUAUUGUGUAAAUAUGUUGUAUAUGGUUGUAUAUAUAAAAAAGUGUAUGUUUUUCUAAAGAUAGAUUUCUUAUUUGAGUCUUACAGCAAGGAUGUUUUUAUAAUUAUUUCAUUUUGUAAUUGUUGACAAAAGCACUACUGUAUCUAGCUUAACAAUGCCAUAAGUUCCCUUCCUCAUGCAUUAAAGGAUCUUUGAUUAAAUCUAU